UCGCACCGCACACUAGACAGCUACCCAACUACUCGCCUGCUGUAGCAGCACUGCUAAGAGAAAAAGCUACCUGGAAUUUAAAGAGCAAAGAUUUUAGCCUGGAAAUGCGGACAUAGAUAUGGACGUUUCAUGUCAUCAAGCUUGCAUCCCAGUUCUCGGCUGAAGACCUAAGGGUUCAAACACCAGAUAAACGGGAUUGCACUUUAGUAACACGCUUUUAAAUGUUUCUCCAGAUUUUUCAGUCUUUUGUGAUACAUCUUCACUUAUUAUAGCACAACACACUCGGAUGUGAACGUUUUCUUGUUGUCGUUACUGACAAUAAAACAAAAGUGGGCUUUUUUUACUGGAUCAGUUAAAUUGUUUCUGUACGGAACAUCGACAUGGACGUGUUGGCGAAUUACAGUAUUUUUCAAGAACUCCAGCUCGUGCAUGACACCGGCUACUUCUCUGCGAUGCCUUCCCUAGAAGAGAACUGGCAGCAGACCUGCCUGGAGCUGGAGAGGUACCUGCAGACAGAGCCCCGGCGGCUGUCAGACUUCCUGGAGGAGGAGCUGGACUCCCUGCUCGCACCCGCCUUCCUGCACGCGGAGAGCGAGGAGGACGACCUGGCCGACCCCCUGCUGCCCCGCCUCCCCGACCUGCCCGGCUCCGCCCUCCCGCCCCUGCUGGCCGCCGCCUCCGCCGCCAAGCCCCGCCCAACCCCCACCAAGCCCCGCCCCUCAGCCUCCAAGGCCCUGGAGCUGGGCGCCAGCGCGGCCCAGCUGAGCGCCGCGGUCACCUCCCUGACUCCGCCCUCCUCCCCGGAGCUCGGCCGCCACCUGGUGAAGCCGCCCCUGGCCACGCUCACCGCCGGCACCCUCACGCUCAAGCUGGUGGCCAGGAAGGCCGGUGGGCUGGCCGCUGCACACGCGCUGCCCUCGCUGACCUGCAGGGGGCAGCAGAGCGAUGGCGAGUUGGGUGGGGGAGACAUCCCCGAGAACAAGAAGAGGGUCCAUCGCUGCCAGUUUAACGGCUGCAGGAAGGUCUACACCAAGAGCUCACACCUGAAGGCACACCAGAGAACACACACAGGUGAGAAGCCCUAUAAGUGCUCAUGGGAAGGCUGCGAGUGGCGUUUCGCUCGGAGCGACGAGCUGACCAGACACUACCGCAAACACACUGGAGCCAAGCCCUUCAAGUGUAACCACUGCGACAGGUGUUUCUCCCGGUCAGAUCAUUUGGCCCUGCAUAUGAAGAGACACAUAUGAAACCGAGAAAGAGAGAGAGAGAGAGGGAAGGAGAGAGGCAGAGAGAAGGAGAGAUGAAGUGAUGGCAAAGGGGAGGAGAUGUACUCCGCGUCCUGUGGAGGCCUGCCUGGAAGCUUUUGCCCUGAUCCCAUCAGCACUGUGCGCUUGAUUGGAUGGUCACCACCCACUGUGCGCUGAUUGGACGGUCACCCCCCUAGGUGCCAUGGAGGAGAGGAGGCAACAGCAUGAAGGAGAGGCGGAGCAUAGCCAUUUAGGCUUAAGUAUGCAGAUUUCCUGUACAAUCCAUCAUUAACAUUCUCUGCGUUAUACAUAAGCAGCAGAUGAAUGCCUUAUCUGGCUGAGGUGUGGGAAUCUGCAGUCCCCGUCAGACCAGAGGAUCGCUUCUUUUUUUACCAGAACCUGUGGGAGACUUCGGGGAGGGAACACACUCAUGUAAAAACGGGAGUCACUGCAGUAUUCCCAGUGUCUGUUGGCGUGAACUACUCCCUCUGUUUCUUCUCUUGAAGUUCGUAUCACAAUUCGUACAGUCAGUGUGUCAGCUGUGGAAAACAAUGACGGCACAACAGAACUCCUCGGAGAACAGACCACUCCAAGCUGGCGCCUCCCGACCCCCUGACCUCUGACCUUUCACCCCGUCCCCAGUGCCCCGGACGCUAUUAUAGAUGCACGCUUCACCAGGGUGGCACUCACCCCUCUCUCCCACCUCUGUCUCACCCCACCGACUGAGACAUUUCUCAUCUUUAAAAAAAAAAAAAAAAAAAAAAAAAAAACUUUGUCUGUUUUUGCUUUUUCUGAAUGGAAGUCUUAACACUCACUGGACAUGUCCGUUAUGCGCGUGAGUAAGUAAGCGAGGACGCACACGUUAAAUGUUGUUUGCACAAGCAAAACCUCGGAAGCUGCUAUCUGGCUCUGACAGUGAAGGUGAUGGAGAAAAUAUGACCAAAAUGGGAUGUAAAGGCAUCGCGGAUUCUGGACAAAGAUGAAAAGAAUAGUCUUCUGUUUCUCAUUUUCUGGGUUUGUUUUUGGACAGAAUGAUCCAGUACAUAGCGAACCCUGAAUAAAAGCUUGCAGGCUCUUUCCUGAGCAAGGCCCAGGAAUCCUCAAAUGCUCUUUGACGCCACUGGGCCCCUCCCCGGGCCCCUCCCCCUGCUCACACAGCCAAUGGGAGGGCCUCACCCUGUGAGACGGGUGGGUGGGACCUGCGUCUGUCUCAGACCAUGACCCGCCCCUUCAACCCUGCUGAACCCUUUCCUGGUUCAUUGCUGUCAUCUGCACUGACUUUCUUGAUGUUAUCUGUGCUCUUUUCAUACAGAGAAAAAACUGAGAAAAAGAGAAUGUGGAAAUAGUGAAAUAAAAUAUAAGGAAUAUACACGCAUACAUGCACAUGCAAGCAUACACACACACACUCACGCACAUAUGCAUGAAUGUACACUCAUACACACACACACACACACACACACACACACACACACACACUCACACACACAUUGUUCUGUAAAGUAAGACACUUGGGAAAUGAAUGAUCAUAAAACAACCAUGUAGAAGAGGACACUGCAUGGCAGAGUCUCUCAUGACUUAAUAUUUUUUCUGCUCCACAAUUUUCAACUUGGGAUUUUAGCAGCUGCUGUUUUUUUUUUUUUUUUCACAAACGGUUCAAACCACUGGGAGUGAGACUGUAAAUGGAAAACUGAACAAAAUACCUAGUCUGUACUACAGGGCCACACAAUCAGGAAGCUCUCAAAAAUUGUUCAACGGUUCCAGACUGGGGGGGGGGGGGGGCGCGGGGCUUGGAACUCAAUCGCAAGAUAAGAACAGCCCUCCGAGCUAGGCUACUUAGCACCUGCUCUGUCUCCUCUACAGAUAGCCUGAGCUAUUUCUCUUCAAGAAACAACUCCAAAAAGAGAUAUGGCUGAGUUUGAACUUUUUUUGUUUCAUUUCUUUCCUUUCUUGCCCAUGUAAUUAUUCUCUAUAGUGAGGGUGGUGGGUGGGGGGGGGGGAGGGAGUUUUUUUCAGGAUAAUGGGGUUUUUUAUUCAGCUGUUUACGUACAAUCCAGUGAAGUCUCGCACUUUCAGUGAGAGGUUGUGUGUGUGUGUGUGUGUGUGUGCCUGUGUCUGUGUGUACCCACGCAGAUCUCUGCCCCAGCUGACUGCGAGCACAGCACAUGUCUGUGUGUUGCAGUAACGUUGCAGUGACGCUGCGGAAACGUUACGCCGCGGUGGUGAUGUCACACACUCCUUGGCUCGGGGGGGGGGGGGGGGAUCGCGUGGCGAGGGGUCCUGCUGGGCGCGCGUGUGUGUGAGACUGCGACCGAUCGCGUGCGGUUUGAUGUGUGACGUGCGUCGUCUGCGCGCUGAUGGACGCUCCGCUCGGUGGGAACAAUCAGGCCGCUGUGCGAACCCGUCCCGCCGCUCCAGUCGCUCGCAUUGCCUGCUCUGCUCCGUCUAAUCCGUCAGGCUUUGUCUGAUGCCUUCUGGGAGCAGAGACGGGGAAUCUCUUGUGUCCUGGUGGCUGCUUGCCUGCGUCUCUGCGGGUCCAGGUGUCACAGUCCCGACGGGCAGAGAGGGCACCGGGUGCGAGGCACAGCCAUCCCAUCUCACUCCAUCCAUUCUCUCUCCCCCCCCCCCCCCUUCCUGCCUGGUCUAGUGCCACGCCCUCCAUAUCAUUCACGUCCAAUUAACUUUUCACUUCCAAACCCCACUAUCCCCUGGGGCCAACAACUUAUGGCGGUGACACUUUGACCUGGUUCGGCUUGCCUGUCAUUCCUGCAAGUGGCGUGUCUGUUGUUUUCACAGGCUAAGACCAUUUUAUUUGGACAGAACUCAGCCGUGACUCCGCCCCCCCCCCCCCCCGGGAUCCAUCUCCACCCCUCCCUCUCUCACGCCCCGCCCACUGCUUUUCCCAUCAAUCUCACCUUUCGGUUCUUUUCUUUUGCUGGUUUUCCGUUUUUAUAUUUGUUCUUUUGCUGUAAAAAGUGUUUAAAAUAUUAUUUGUAUUAUAUGAUGUUAGUACAGUAAUGUUCUUUAUUAAGGAAAAAGAAAAAAUUUAUUUUUGUUACUGGUCUGUUUCAUAAUUCUUUUUUAAAUUGGUAUUGUAAGAUAUCUAUGCAAAAGCUGUUCAGUGGAGCAUUUUUAUUUAAGAAUGUAAUAUGUGUAAUAAAUGGUAGAACCAG